AUGAUAUUAAUGAUGUUCUUCAUUCUUGGAUUUAUUCAAUAUGUUUCAUCAAUUAAUUGUUAUACAUGUUAUGGAUCAGGCUUUUAUUGUUCUUUACCAUUGGAUUUUGAUACUGGUGAUGAGAGUAAUGAAAAUAGUAUAGAAAGUAAGAGUUAUGAUUCAGAUUAUGUUUGUCAGAGUGAUCAUCGUUAUAAUCCAAUAACUGAUACAGAAAUAUUAAUUUUACGUGGUACAAAAGAUUGUGAAGAACUAAAUGUAAUUAAUCAUCGUAUACAUUGUUGCUAUACAGAUGAUUGUAAUAGACGGCUACCACAUAUGAUCAGACAAACUCUUAUUUAUUCGAAUGAUCAACAAUAUUUAUCUUCAAUGAUAUUAACAAUUUUUUCUAUUUUGUUUCAAUAUGUUUAUUAA